CGAGUGGUGUUGCUCUGUUUCUCGACUUUCUCUCUCUAUAUAUACACACACAUACAUCUCCUCACUCCUGCAAAAUUGUACCCUUUCAUCGCUUCUCUUACCUCCCCUCUGCAUUAUCUCCUCCGCCAUCUCCGAUCUCUUCGAAAAGUUCGAAGCUUUUCAGCAAUAUCCUGUAGAACAGCAAAUACAUUCUAUCUUCUGUGAUUCGUUAGACACAAGUGAAUGGGAAGCAGCAAUGGAGCUGACUAUGGUGCCUACACUUACAAGGAGCUUGAGAGAGAGCCCUACUGGCCUUCUGAGAAACUAAGGAUAUCAAUCACUGGUGCUGGAGGCUUCAUCGCUUCCCACAUUGCCCGUCGCCUGAAGAGCGAAGGGCAUUACGUUAUUGCUUCUGAUUGGAAGAAGAACGAGCACAUGACCGAGGACAUGUUCUGCCAUGAAUUCCACCUUGUUGAUCUCAGGGUGAUGGAUAAUUGCCUCAAGGUCACCAAUGGAGUUGACCAUGUCUUUAACUUAGCUGCUGACAUGGGUGGGAUGGGUUUCAUCCAGUCCAACCACUCAGUCAUCAUGUACAACAACACGAUGAUCAGCUUCAACAUGAUCGAGGCUGCUAGGAUCAAUGGGGUUAAGAGGUUCUUCUAUGCAUCUAGUGCUUGUAUCUAUCCAGAAUUCAAGCAGCUGGAUACUAAUGUGAGCCUGAAGGAAUCAGAUGCUUGGCCUGCAGAGCCUCAAGACGCUUAUGGGUUGGAGAAACUUGCAACUGAGGAGUUGUGCAAGCACUACAACAAAGAUUUUGGAAUUGAGUGCCGCAUUGGAAGGUUCCACAACAUUUAUGGUCCUUUUGGGACAUGGAAAGGUGGAAGGGAGAAGGCUCCAGCUGCUUUCUGCAGAAAGGCUCUCACCUCCACGGAUAGGUUUGAGAUGUGGGGAGAUGGGCUUCAGACCCGUUCGUUUACCUUCAUCGACGAGUGCGUUGAAGGUGUUCUUAGGUUGACAAAAUCAGAUUUCCGUGAGCCUGUAAACAUCGGAAGCGAUGAAAUGGUUAGCAUGAAUGAGAUGGCCGAGAUGGUCCUCAGCUUCGAGGACAAAAAGCUUCCUAUCCACCAUAUCCCUGGCCCAGAAGGUGUCCGUGGACGCAACUCUGACAAUACCCUGAUCAAGGAAAAGCUCGGAUGGGCUCCCACGAUGAGAUUAAAGGACGGGCUUCGAAUCACAUACUUCUGGAUCAAGGAACAUAUCGAGAAAGAGAUGUCUCAAGGUGCUGAUGUUUCGGCUUAUGGGUCUUCCAAGGUUGUGGGAACUCAAGCUCCGGUUCAGCUGGGCUCUCUCCGUGCCGCCGAUGGAAAAGAGUGAAAAGUUUUCAGCUUUCUCUGAAUUCACCCCCACCCGCUUUUACAAGAAAGUUUAUGUAAGGGCGAUGGCUAUAUAUCUAAGGUAUCAUCAAUCAGCUAGUGUCUUCAUUUACCUCCUCGUGGUGUUUAAGCUCUUCUAUUGUAAGACAUACAGAUAUUGUUUAAGGUAGACAAAAGCAUGAAUAAGUGUUUUUGAGUUUGGUCUUUUCUUCUCCCGUGUUGUUCCUUUUUGUAAUAACCUUCUUCAUCGUCAUCAUCAUCAUCAUCAUGAUGGGGAAUCAUCAACUAUGUUACUUGUCAAAGCUUGUGAAUUUGGCGGUUGUUCUA